AUGAGGCCGUACCUGCUCAAAGGGCACGAGCGCCCGCUGACAUACGUCAAGUAUAACCACGAUGGGGACCUGUUAUUUUCGAUGGCGAAGGACAAGAAGCCGACGGUGUGGUGGGCGGACGACGGGCAGCGGCUCGGCACCUUUGUGGGGGUGAAUGGCGCGACGUACAUGUGCGACGUCACCCGGGACAGCCGGGUGCUCAUCACGGCCUCCGGUGACUCCACCGUGCGGCUCUGGAGCGUCUACGACGGCCAGGAGCUCUUCAAGUUCGCGUUCAACGAGCCCUGCCGCGCGUGCAGCUUUGCCACGGGCGACCGGCUGGCAGUGUCGACGACCGACAUGUUCCUGGGCUCCGCGCCGGCGAUCCACGUCCUGAAGAUCGCGGAGGACCCGCUCGACCAGGGGCAGCACUCGACGCCCGUGCGGUCGAUCCUGAUGGACGACGCCGGGCGCAUCACGCGCGCGUUCUUCACGCCGCUGAACGACCAGAUCGUCACGUCGCACGAGGACGGCACGCUGCGCCGCUUUGACGUCGAGACGGGCAAGUGCCUCCAGGAGGAGAAGGUGCACGAGAAGAUCAUCAACGACCUCUCGCUGUCGCAGGACAAGACGCACGCGGUGACGGCGUCCUCGGACCGCACGUCGCACCUCGUCGACGUCGACACGUUUCAGAUCAUGAAGACAUACAAGCCCGAGCGGCCGGUGCUGACCGCGACGAUGUCGCCGAAGUUCGACCACAUCGCGCUGGGCGGCGGGCAGGACGCGGCGUCGGUGACGAUGACGGCGGCGGCGGCGGGGAAGUUCGAGGCCAUGUUUUACCACAAGCACUACACCGAGGAGUUCGGGCGCGUGCGGGGGCACUUCGGGCCGCUGAACGCGCUGGCGUUCGCGCCGGACGGCAAGGGGUUCGCGACGGGCGGGGAGGACGGGUACGUGCGGUUGCACCACUUCGACAGCAACUACUUGGAUGUGCGCUUCUUCUAG